CGUUCCGCCCCCGCGGCUCGGCGGGGCGGGGAUCGCUGUCCGUCUCCGCAGCCCCGCGCCGACGGGCACAGUCGAGCGCCCGCUCCGCUGCCCGCCGCCGCCGCCACCAUGUCCCUGUGCAGGGCCGCCUCGCAGGCGCUGGCGUUCCGCCUGAGCAGGGCUCCCGCCGCCGCCGGCCGCCUCAAGCAGCGCGCACCUCUUCGCCAGAUGUCAUCUGGGAGCGUUCCCGGCUCUUCCGGAGAGAAUAUGAUUAUCUAUCUACUUGCUGGUGUUGCGGCUUUCAGUGGUUUAUUUUAUGCCUACAGAGUAGUCAGUUCAUCCCGCAGCAGGUUUAUUGACCAUGUGAAUGUUCUUCAUGAGAGAGCUGAGGGGCGGAAAGGCAACCCUUGGUCAAGGAAGGAAGGUGAUGAAGAGACGGAUGAAGUCACUGAAGCAGAGAAAGCCACGGAAGAGGCUGAUGCAGCAGACACUGCUGGACCUGCAGCACAGGAUGAGAGUGCUGGACCUGCAGCACAGGAUGAGAGCUCUGGGGAGUCCCCAGAAGCUGGAGGGGAGAAUGACUUACCGGCUCCAGAGGCAUCCCCUGCUGUGGAGGAAGCACAGCAGGAAGCUACUGCUAAUUCAGAAGCUGCUGCUAAUUCAGAAGCUGCUGCUAAUUCGGAAGUUGCUGCUAAUUCAGAAGCUGCUGCAGUGCAAGAAUCUGUGAGUGAAGUCUUGGAUGUUGCAGCUUCUUCUGCCCUUGAGGAAAACUUAGACAGUGGCAAGGAAGGAGUAGCCUCAGCAGCUCAAGAGCUUUCUGACACAGCCUCCGAGAGCCAGGACGCUGAUGCUGAGGAGUCGUGGCAAACUGCAGAAGUUUCUGAGGAGGAGAAGACACCUGAAGAAUCCGCUAAAGACCCCUAAAGGUACACAGUACAGUUGCAGCACGUGGUUUCCUGCUCUUCACCUAUCUUUUUUUCUCAGUUAGUGGCAAUUUGCAGCAUGUGGUAAGUCUGCACAUGCACUGUGAUGGUGAAUUUGUAUUUCUGCUCCCAACAAAAAAAGAACUUUAUUGAAGUAUUUCUUCAUUUUGGGGAACCGUUGCUGGCAUCUUUUAGAGGCUUGGAAGCAAAACUUUCCUAUCUCAAUUGUCAUGUUGGGUUUUAUCCAACGCAAAAUGGAUAAAGACCUGAGAUUUGUAGCUUUCUUCUAGGCAAAAAUAUUCUUUGGACUUUUGAUUUAAAUUAUACAGCUACUGGACUUCUGAAUUAUUGGUCUAUACAAUAGAGCAAUAGCCUUCUGGAUGUUUUAUUUUAAACACACUUUUUCACAAUUAGUGUAUCUGCACUUUUAGUUUGUGCUAAUGAAAAUUACUGAAUAUAAUACUCAUUCUAUUUUGCUAGUGUCUUUGUCAGUUGGUUUUUGUUUUUUUUUUUUCAUUGUCAGAAAAGUUGUGCCUCCCAAGGUUGUUAUUUUUGCUCAAAGUGAAAGCUAAGGGUACCUGAGGGUAUCACAUCAGGAAACCAAGUUACCAAGAAAUUGUCUCCGCUAUGGAACACAUAAAUGCAGUGAUAUAGAGAAAGAAACUGAGUUCAGAAUCUUUUUUUUUCCCUUGUAAACAUCUGGCAACCCCACAAAUUGUCUCAUUGCUAUUCCGGAUUUUCAUUCAGACAACAAAUACCCAGUAUUAGCCCAUUCAAUUAAUGAAGGCAGAGACAGUAAUUGAAAAGGGUGGGAGUGGCAGGGAAGGCAAGCUGUGGGAAGCACUUUUGAGGGAACAAAUUGGAAAUAGAUGAAAAAAUAGAUUAAUCUGCCACCAGAAUACAGGUCCACUGAAUUCUGCUUAAACUGCUUGGACUAUUUUUUGAUCAAAAACUACUUUUUAUGAGUAUAGCAUCACAAGGCUGCAAAAGGGUCUGUUAUUGAGCUCCAAUUUGAUCUUGUUGGGGAUGGGGAAGAGAUUUAUAAAACAUUUUACUACUUAGUGCUGAAAGAUUACUGCCUGUCAUUUUACCAAUGUACAAGUCAAGAACCGUGUUGCAUUCCUAGUCAGGAAAGAAUAUUUUCUUCCUGUUAUUUUUCUGUGUGUUUGUUUUGAUUGUAAGCACUUUGGAGUAAGGAGCGUGACUUCUGCAUUGAAAACAUCAUACUUUUUAAGGAAUUCAAGGCAAAGAAAAAGAAACAAAAAAAAUGCUGAUGUGAGAAUCAAAUCAUUAUACAGUUAAUUUUUUUAAAAAAUACUAAUUAUUUGGCGAAGGGAUAGAAGUGGUAGUGAUGGAGUAAAUCCUCAGAUAAAGCCUUAAGUUGCUGCUGAGAGCGUGCCAGAGUAAGGAUGUACAGUUCUACUGUGUGUGGCUGUUGGCCCCAAACUGACACUGCUAUGGAGCUACUUAUAUCAGUAAUCUCAGCAAACACAAUUGGUUUACUCUGUGCUUAAAGUUAAGCAAGUGGCUAUUUGUGGAAGUAAGACUUAGUGGAAUGUGUCCAGCACGCAGGUGAAUUCACUUGUACCUGAGCAACGCUGAUGAAGAUUCGGGAUUCCUUGAAAUCUGGCUUCCUUGGUAGAAACAGAGCAAGUUUUCACAAGCCAUCAGAUAAGCAUGAUUUACAGAGCAGUAGUGGUUAUAUGCUGUAAUUCACUCAACUGAUAACCCACAGUCGAAUUUACAGGGUGCUUGGAAUGUUUGGUCGCGUUUGUUGCUAAACAUCACUUCUUGUUGCUUCCUCUAAACCAAGAUUCUUUUUUCUGUUCCCCAGUAAGCAGUGCUGAAGGCUUUGAAAAGUUUAACGGAAAUAUUUGUGGCAAUCAACCAGCUGAUUCCUGUGUGAAACCUCAUACUCUUCCUUGGAGACAUAAAAGAAACUGUGCAGUUUGUCGUGCCACACACUGCUCAUUAGGACCAGUAUUCAGUGCUGCAACAGAUAAGAUUUAAGUUGCUUAGAGAGACGCUUCUGUGAUUAACAUCUCUGCUGUAGAAAGUAGCACCCAGUCAAAGCACCACUCAGCAUGUGCUAAAUGCAUGUGCUAAGAGAAGCAGUAGACUUAACUAAACCAUGCCAGGAGAACUCCUUCUAGGUCUUUGUUGUCUCGUUAUGUACAUUGAUUUCUUACUCUUGGUCCAAACUGCUGUGCAUAGUUACACCUUUAACAUUCCAUGCUAAAAUGUAAGUAAAGGGUUUUAAAUCAAGUAAAAAUCUUUUAAAAAUUACAUGUUAGCGUUUUUAAAUUGGAUCACGGGGAAAACAGCAACCUGUUUGCUCUCAAGUUUGGAUUUAAGAUUGUAAGCAUGGGACAUCUGGCUGUACAAUAUCUAAUUUUCCCCCUGCAUAAACAUUUCAGAUACUACCCUUCCUUGCACAAUAAUAUCCAGGACUAAACAUUUUUAAGGCUCCUUCUUUGGGAAGAAAACCUGUUUGCAAGUACUACCAAUAGGUACUUUAUAGCAUGACAAUCAAAAUAACGCCAGCUGAUGUUACUGAUCAUGGAUCGAAGUGGUGGCUCCUGCCUCGGGGAUGCUGGGCUCUGCUCCUACCAAAUCUCAAAAUCCCAAUGGAAGGCUGUGCAACAGGUGUUCAAAUGGACAAGGAUUCUUAGGGGCUAAGAAAGAACAGAAUAGAUAAAUAAUCUUGUGUUCUUAGUAUUAACUUCAUAGAGAAUACAUCUAUUAUGAAUAAUGGAUUUGUAUGACACUGUUCUCCUAACCCUCCGUUGUGCUAAGUGCAUGAGUGUGCAUCUAAGACAAAAUGCUGAGACCCAUUACAGCCACCACAGAAUGGCAACAACUCUAAACCAGAGCCAAAAAAGGUAUAUUAUAUACUAUUUAUAUAGAAAGUGUGCUUUAUAAGGUGUAUCUGACUCUUUUCUCUCCAAGCAGAACUCUGGAAAAUGUUGAAAGGGAAAUGACAGCAUUAUGACAUUCCUACCCAUGGCACAAAGCAACACAUGCUGCUUCCCCCAUCAUAAAGCAAAUUAUAAUAGUGUUCCAACAAAAAUAUAGCCCGUUGCCCCUGGACCUGCUUAGGAAUAACUGGAAUAAUGCGGAGGCAAAAGCAGGCUCCUGAGCUUCGAGAAGAAAUACUACGGCCUUCUGCUUAAAGGAUAAAGCCACUGUGAUUAAAAGCAAUUUUUGUAGACAAAGCUGCUGGAAUAAAAGUCUUAGACUGAUA